UAUCACCGCCGACGCCAAGGUGUCCCAUCAUCAAUGGCGAUCGGAGGAGAGGCUGGGGAUUCGUCUGGAGUGGACCGCACCGACACCUAUGGAUCCGGCCAAGGCGAGCAGGUGUUACCACCACCCUCUGGCAAGCUGGCUCGCUUGCUGAUGGGGCUCCUGCCUCAGCUCCUUCAGGGAUCUCCAGGUAGCCAUGCUGAUCAUUCACUACGCGGUCCUUUCCCUGUGGCGAUGUAUACGACGGUACCAACACUCUAUGAGGCUUUUGAGAAGUGGUCUGAGGAUGUGAAAGAUGCGGCCCUUCAGAAGGCCGUGGAGAUGAACCUGUUUGGCAUGGGCGAUCAUUUUAUCCGGCCACAGGCUGUCCGCCCAGCCGCAGAGGCCAUACUCAAGAACUCGAAACAGCUUAGGGCAGAGCUUGCAAAGUAUAUGAAGACAUUGUCAAAGAUUGAAGUCAACACACCUGAGGGACAAUCUGUUCUGAAAGAGGUGAAGGAUGUGGUCUCUAAAAUGGAAAGUGAUCUCGCCAGCUAUUUGAAAUCUGCAGAGAAGGCGUCUCCUGAGUCCUCUCCACCCGUCUCAUUCUUAGCUGAGUUUACAGAGAAGGUCAAGAAGCUGAACAACAGUGAGCUAUCAAAGGCUUUGAAGGAAAUUGAAGAACUUGCUAAAACUGCUAAUAUACCAUUUAAGGUAUACGGCCAAUACAAGGAAAUGGAGGAAGUCGUUGGUUCUCUGUCUGCCACAGUGGCUGCCUAUUUGGCCUCUGUGAUGGGCAACACCCCUGCCCCAGAGCAGGAGACAAAGGUUCCAACACCUGCCGAGGAACUGGCUGCACCUAAUCCAACUGAGCUGCCGGAACAAUGCCAAGUGAAGCCUCUGCUCAAGGUCCCGUCUUUUGAAAAGCUUGGGAAGACUGCCAUCGAUGUCCUCUAUGGUGGUUACAAUGAGCUCCCUUGGGCGGCUGAUGCUACAUUCUGCUUGAAGUCGUCGGAAAGAUUGUUUCCUGUGAUGCGUACCACUAUAAGUUCCUCCCAGGCAGUGACGACAAGCAUCAAGGCGGUCGACUUUCUUGGAAAUGGCGUGCAAGGGUCGCUGUUGUUCAUCUAUCCUUUCUCGGAUACUUCCAUGGCAAAGCUGCGUUAUGCUUAUGAGAAGGCCCUUCUUGGUGUUCGGGUUGGGCUCCAUGCCAGCCCGGAGGUUUACUUGUCUGCCAUGGUUGGAACAGGCUUUGGCGUCGAUGGUGGGUUUGAGAUGUCGUUUAGCACCAAGACUGGCCUGGUUAAAGGAUUUGAUCUCGGGGUGAACUGCCUCAGGAGUGAAUGGGGGAAUGCAUCUGUUUCUGCGAGCUUUGUUUUGGACCUUGAGGGUGAGAAGAAGAAGAAGCUGAGAAAGAUCCGGGCUCUCUACUCCAAGGAGGUCGAUCCAAGUUUCAGUUUUGCUGCCGAUGUGGCAUUUGAUGCCGAGAAAGGCAAGGUGCUGGCAACGGGUGGCGUCGCGCUGCGCGUCGACGAGAAAGUGCUUGUGAAGGGGAGGGUCAGCUCCAACGGUUCAGUUGCUGCACUUGUUGAGGUUGCAGGGGAAGGGCGUGCCAAGCUGAAGGCCUCUGCCCAUGCUGAUCUGUACGAGGUGAGCAAAAAGGGACCCAAGGUUGGCUUCUCCGUCAGUUUCAAGUGAGUCGUGCGGGUGUAAACUUUAGAUUGCAUGGAAUUUAGGUAGUGACUAUUGGUGGAUGAGAUUUUGCAUGGAUUUUAGGUAGAGUGAUGACUUUUGGUGGAUGAAAUUUUGCUGUCACAUUCACUGGUUGGCAAUGUUGGAAGAUUGAUUUGGGAUGCGAAUGAUCCACUGUCGUAACCCUUUGUUUGUUAGCCCCACUGAAUUGAUUUAUCUUAUCUGAGCUUAUCCCUAUUUCCUUGUAUGCUGCAAUCUGGAAUUUCCUCUGAUCCUUUUUAAUUGACAAAGUUGUAU